CUCUGAUAUCUAUCGAGGUCGCCCUUGCAAAUUGCAGGGAAGCACUUGCUUGUGAUUUCGACCUCAUUUCCACAUCUCUAAAGCAUGAACGAUUCCCAGCUACAGGAUUUCCUGAAGCCCCUUGGCCAAGGCUCGUCAUGGGCAGCAAAGUGUGUACGACGCCUUCUCGAAGCUAAGAACCAUACAGAUAUAGCCGCGGGUCUGGUCGCGCAGAAUGGCUACAAGCCCGUGGAGCUCGUCAAGGAUGUAUGGAAUGCAUGGGGUAUUGAUAUGAAGACUUGUCAUUCAUACUGCGGCAGAUCGAACUUCCCCAUGGUCUUUGAUUUUCCAAUCUUUACAUCCGGUGUGACAAACUACUUGUUACCGUGGCUAGGCCUGACAGCGCAACUUCCGUACGAGACGGGGUCCCCAUCCGGGGACUUCGAAAGCUUCUGCCUAGCCGUUGGAAGCCCGAUGUUGACCACUUUCUCUCUUAUGUCUACAGCCAUGAAUGCACGCACCACGUCGGAAGCAUUCACUGACCUACUCAAAUCUGACUAUCACCCAACAUCCGACAUGAAAGAAGCGAUAGUGUCAGCGAAGCACUUUCUUAGCGCCUCUCAACAAUGUCCUAUCAGGAUUCAAGAUGAUGACUUUCGAAAGCUGUUCCACGAUGAUGAAAAGCGGCUACAUGACCAAUGGGUACCUCUCGCAAGGCGUCUCGAUGACACUCGCCGACCAUACACCUUCUCCCUCUUUGCGCAGACUUUUUUUGCAGUCGGUGCUUGGGUUCUGACCAUCAUUGGAUCGUACGUUACAUCGCUCGGUCAGCAUUCUGAAGCUCUCCUGCUCUCUUCUGGCACGCUAUGGACGUGGUUGAUUCCGAUAGUCUUGGGUUGGAUGGCUGUCGGAAUGCAGUCACGACCGAAUACGGUACAAGACGCAUUACGAGGCGAGAGGAUAAAUGGGAAAUAUGACCCAAUGAAAGAAGUGAAAGCACUAAAAGCCGAGUCUGGCUUCAUUCGACUACCGUCAAAGAAGAUGGAAGAUGCCUUGUUAGGUAAAGUUCAAGGGGAUGAAGCUCAUCAAGGCCCUGUCUAUAACUAUGCACGUAUCUUAACUUAUCCAAAGCUACGAAACAGAGUCCUUAGCGCAUUUGAAGACAAAGUCAAAUCGCUAUCUGCACAGAAAGCUCAAACAACUAGUUUCACUCAUGCUUCGCAUCCCGAUUCAGCUUCAUCUCGCACACGAACUAGCCCUACUCGAUGUCACAAUACUACCAACAAUAAUUCAGCCUUGCCCGAAGAUUGCUCAGAUCUUGGAGAGGGCCCACAACUUGAAAGUGGCUCAAAUUUCGAAGAUGAUCAGCCGUACAUGCAAUGGAAGGAUGUUAGAGGAAACUCCGACUGGGUGUGGAACUUCGUGGUCUCCAAUGCCAUCGCUAUAUUUCUUCAGUGGGGUGUCACUGGGUCUGCUAUUGUUAUAUCGUACCUGACGGAGGUGCGUGGCCUCGGCUGUCGCUCUGGUAGUUAUCUACUGUACGGCAUACUUGCUACUUCCGCUCAUGUUCUUCUACUGACAUCAGUGUUUCUCUCACACGAGGUGAUGCUUGGGUAUCAGACAGAGCUCAUGAAACAAGCCGAGGGCGUAACGCACAAUGGCGCCCGCAGCAGCAAAUGGAUUCCUCGACUCGCCGUGGCUUCUCGGUUCUUCGGUAAAUCCAUUGCCAUUUUCAACGCCAUCUGGAUCAUCUUAAGCUCUAUUUUCGAGCUGAUCGGGUUCUACGAAAGUUGCUGGUGCACUGGAACAGUUUUAGGGCUGGGUAAUAGGGCUUGGGUCGUUCUCUUUGUUAGUGGUGACAAGAUGCGAGAAGAAGCUGAGGCAUCUUGGAUUGGUGGACUUGCGAUGAGCUUGUUCACAAUGAUCCUUACGUACCUUGUUCUGAAGACGUAUUCCCAGGGGAGGAAGAACUGAUUACGUAAAACAUUUCCGGUGGACCAUCUUUCCAUGUACAACAGGAGUCGGCCUCCUUACUAUACUGUUCCAAUGUGGUUAAUUACCCUGCGUUCCUAGAUAGAUAGCUCCAUGGUUACUCUAGCAUCCCCAAACAAUUGUCGUUCUACUUCUCA